AACUGUAUUCAGCUCCCAGAUAUGGGCUCAAAUACAUGGGGUGAAUAUCUAGGUCACGAGGUUUCGGAUGCCUACGCUGCCUGUCAAUACACACGAUUGCGAAACCCGAGGGACGUUUUCAGUUGGAUAUGCAGGAUGGGUAAAUGCACGGCACUGUUUGUGGUAAGCGGCGUCCUGCUAGCCGGUCUUGGAUACAUGCUGUACACACCUCUACCUGCCCACUUGGCCAACCAGUGGCAACUGCAGAAGAUGUUUGGCAGGUUCAAAGUGGCAUUUUUGGCUUCUGAAGUGUCUUACCAACUUGGCUUGAAUGGGAACGAGAGGAUGUACGGAAUAAGGAAGACCAUUAACUACCUGUUCAAAAACUCUGCAACGGAGGAGGACCAGGCUGCACUUGAGAUUUACGACACAGAAUUGAAUGGAGUCCCAGUUAGGGUGUACAAACCCAAGUCAGCCAAGGGAGCAUUACCUGGGUUGGUGUAUUACCAUGGUGGCGGCUGGACAGUCAUGAACAUUGCCACCUACGAUGCACAGUGUGCCCACAUCGCUCGUAAGACCAACAUAAUCGUCAUCUCCGUUGAGUACCGACUGGCUCCGGAAAAUCCAUUCCCUGCUGGUUUCGAUGACUGUGUCCAGGUGGCGCUUUAUGCUUUACAAAAAGGGUCGCGACCUCAACCUUGACCCGACAAGGAUCGCAAUAGGAGGUGACAGUGCCGGAGGGAAUCUGGCAGCAGCAGUAUCCUUGAAGCUGAGGGACGACAAGGUAAAACCAGCUCUGAAGUCCCAGCUCCUGAUCUACGGUCUCUUCCAAAUGUGCGACAUGUCUCUGCCAAUCAUGAAAGUACGUGAGGAGUAUGAGAACUCCACAUUGAUGUUAGCCUCCUUCUACAAAGCCUAUUUCAGUUUAACUGAGGCUCAGACUCGACUUCUGGUGACGAUGAAGUACUCCACACCGGAAUUGGUGCAGAGAUGUACCAAACUCGUUGAUUACAGACUUCUCCCAAAGGAACUUAUUCCGGAUGGCUAUGAACCGGAAGUGACACUUGCAAGCUCUGUAACCGAUGACGUCAAGUACAUCAGCAGGAUGUUCAGUGACCCCAGGGCGGCCCCAAUGAUGGAGGAGAAUCUGAAGAAUCUGCCAGCUUCUCUGGUUGUGGCUGCGGAAUGGGACUCGCUCCGAGACGAGAGCUUCAUCUUAGCUGAGAGGCUGAAACAAGCUGGGAACAAAGUUCAGCUUAAGUACCUGCCCGACUCGUUUCAUGGAAUCUUGAAUGCUUUUGAUUAUGAGAAGUUUGGGUUCGAUGCUGGUCCAGUUAUCAUGAAUAGUAUUUUAGAGUUUAUUAACAAAGAACUGAAGUAACAUUUUACACCACAUUGUAAUAAUACAUGAAUAUUUCCAUAAAUAUGUACAGUGACUUUAUAUAUGUUAUAUUUCUUGGCAAUAGCAGAUACAAGAAUAUAUACAUCAGGCUUGAAAUCUAAGCCAAAACAAAUUGAUGAAGUGUUUUCUUUGUGCUUACAUACCACAUGAGUGGCGAUAAUUGCGAUACUGUUUGGUUAGAGAAUUUGGUUAUACAACUCUUUGAACCGUUUUUCAUGACGGCUUACGAAUACUGUUCCAUUUUGACAACUCUUACCAUGAGUACAGUAACGCAGUUUAGGCUGUCCGUACUUCCUGCUGUGUUUCCCAUCUCCACCCCGCCCAGAGUUGGCAUUCCGACGAGAAAUAAUAAAAAGUGAAAUAUGCAAUAAUUAAUGUGUUAAAUAGUGUGUAGGUAAGGAUGACAUUGAUAGAUCGAUGUAUUGCACCAAAAGUUCGUAUUGCAAUAUAUUGCAAUACACUCUUCUGCACCGCAAUACGUAUUGCGGUAUAUUGUGAAAGAAAAGUUAAUGAGAUCUGUCCACUUUGUAAUAUUCUUUUACAUUCAAAUUGAAUCAUAGUAUAUGUGAGUAACCAUUGUGCAUUGUAUAGCUUCUUUCAAAGUAAAAAACGGCAAAACUA